CAGAAAUGGACUUACUGCUCUCUUCGCUAUCACGGCAGGCGGCGGCCUUGCUCCGAAGGGACAUCCAGUGCGCGUCCACUCCAUCUCGAUAAGGCAGUGCUUGGUGCAGCCAAGGUAUCAUUAGCUCGUCAUAGACGCAUCAAGGCUCGCCGUCGACGCAUUUUAUUUUCGUUUCGAUCAAAAUAAUUGCAUCUGGAAAGUCGUCCGUUUUGAAUCGCGGCCGUUGUCAUGUUCGGGCCAGGUGAUUGAUGGGUGCGCCAUCCUGAGUGCGAGUGCCGCGCGUAGAACCUCCUGGGUUUUCCGAGUUUUCCCUGGAAGAGUGUUGUUUUCCCUGAAAGAGUGUUGUUUUCCCUGGAAGAGUGUUGUUUCUUCCGUGGAGUUUCCGCCAUGGUGAAAGACGAGAUUGAGAUCGAACUUAGCAAGGAGUACGAUGAUUCCGUUCGGUGUCCUGUCAAUCGGCUCGGGAAGUUUCGCCAGUGUUUGGCCACGUUUAUCGCGAACAUAAUCACGAUAUGCCUGGGGACGGUGAACGGCUGGGCGGCCCCGGUGCAGCCGCAGCUCCAAUCGGAGACCCCGCCGGUGGGCCGGCGCCUGAGCGACGACGAGAUCUCCUGGCUGGGCGCCAUCACGUUCAUGGGCGGCGUGGCCGGGGUCCUCGUCUGGGCGCGCGCCGCCGACCUGCUCGGCCGCAAGGGCGCCGGCUACCUCAUCGCCGCCCCAUUCCUCCUCAGCUGGACCCUGCUCCUCUUCUGCGACCACUACUACCUCCUCCUGGCCGCCCGCUUCAUCGCCGGCUUCGGCGGCACCGGCGUCCUCGUCAACACGCCCCUCUACGUCGGCGAGAUCGCCUGCGCCCAGCUCCGCGGACCCCUCGGCAGCAGCCUCAUCCUCUUCAUCAACUUCGGCUACCUCCUCGCCUACUUCUUCGGCUCUGUCCUCACCUACGCCCGCUUCAACCUCUUCUGCCUCCUCCUCCCGGUCGUCUACCUCGCCCUCUUCGCCUACCUCCCGGAGACCCCCAACUACCUCUACAUGAACCGUCGUGAAGACGAAGCCAAGAGGUCCCUCCUCUACUUCUGCGGCGACAACGCUCGAGCCAUGAACCACGAGUUCAACCUCAUCGCUUCCGUCACCAACGGAGGACCCCGCGUCGAGCUGUCGGACUUCCUCCGCAAGAAGAGCACUCGUAGAGCUCUGGUCAUCGGCAUGGUCCUCAUAACCGGCCAACAAGUUGUCGGUAUCAAUAUUCUACUCACUUACACCGUAGCUAUUUUUUCAGCGGCCGGCUCCGCGAUCUCACCGAAUUUGUGUUCUGUCAUAGUAGGGGUCGCGAUGCUCAUCGCGUCCAUCCCUUCGUGUUAUCUCAUCAACAGGUUGGGACGGAAGUACCUCCUCAUUUUCACCUCGACCGGGAUGUCAGCCUCUCUUUUAUUGCUGGCGGUGUGCUUCCUGUUCGAUAAAUCGAAUGCCUUUGUUCAAUCGACGUAUCUACCGCUCGUGUCUUUCUCUACCGCGAUAGUGUGCUACGCCCUCGGGGUUGGGCCGGUUCCCUUCGUCCUCAGCUCUGAGAUAUUUCCCUCGUCGGUGAGAAAUAUGGCAACAUCACUCAUCAUUGCGUGGGGGAUUUUCGGCUCCUUCGCGACCGUGAAGUUGUACCCUAGCAUGCUGUCUUUGCUCGGUUAUUUCGGCACGUUUUCACUCUUCUCCGUCAGCGCUUUGUGUCUCUCUUUGUUUAUUCAUUUUUGCGUUCCCGAGACCAAGAAUUUGAGCCUGAAUGCGGUUAUCGAGCUGUUGGAAAAUCACUCGACCCUCAAGGUGGGAAGGUUUUCGUGAAAAACACAAACUUUCUUUAGUUCUUUUGUUGUGCGAUGAUUUUUGAACUACGCAAUCCGUCGUCUUGCGGACCAUAGAGCACAUGGAGUCGUAAUGUAAUUGGGAGAGCUGGUGCCACUUUUUAAGCAUUUUUCAGGUUCCGAAUUUUGAGACUCCUGUGUGACGCCGGGUCGCACUUUUUCGAUGUAUGAUCGAUUGUUUCCGAUACACGGGUACUCGGUCAUCCGAUGUAAACUAAGAAGAUAGGAGUUACCACGUAUUCGACACCACCAUUUUAGAUCAAACAAGUAUCGAAAAAGUGAUCCAAGCGCGGCGCACACUGGGCUAGGAAUUCGCCAACCAGAACAUGGCGCCAGUUCUCCCAUUUACAUCACGACUCUAUGUACUCUAUGUUGCGGACGAACGAAUGUAACUCCUUUCCAAGGCUGCAAAUAAUCUCGAACAAUUCACUUUUUUUAAAUAUAUGAUUCCUGUGCAAAAUUCGGCUGAUAUUUGUGUGUUAUUAGAAGAAAAAUCAGUGCAAUUUUCAAUUCGAGAUACUGAAGAGCUGUCAAGAAAAAUUACGAUGCACCAGCGGAACUUUUGAAAUGCAGACACUUAGUUACGUUCUUUCGUCUGGGAAAUGAUGAACUAUACUUCAUCACUAAUUCCUAAGCUACUGUACGUCAUUAUAAUGAGGUUUUGUUAACCAAUUUCCUUCCGCCCGUUUAUCACUUGUUUUAUGAAAAUCGUAGGAAGCAUUCAAUAUCAUAUUUAUUUGAUAUUUUUUAUAUUAUCACAGUAAAGCGGAUUCCAUUAAAAGGAGGUUCAAACUCCAGCAUACCGGCAUACGUUUGAGACUUCUCAUUUUUAUUUUAUCAUAUCCUUUUCAUUUAUUUUUAAAAUAAAAGAAUUCUGAACGUCGGUUUUUGGAAUGGGAAAAGUUCCUUUCAUAACGACAAAUAUUGAUUGAAAAUUCCAAGGAAUGUUGUUGGUUACUAUGAAACAUAUCUAACGUUAUUUUUUUGUUAGUUUCAAGUCAAUAUAAUAGUAGAGAUCGCGAGAGAUUAUUUUUACAUAUCAAGGUAAAACAAUUUGAGGAAGCAAAAACCUGAAAAUGACGUAUUCCACGCUCAAAAAACUCUUAAAAUGUAGUCUUUGUUUAUAGUGAUUGUUAAAAAAACAUGCAUCAAGGUAAUUCAAAAUCAUUAUUAGAUGUAUUCACUUCAAGCUGAAGAAAUUGAAUUCGUAGUUAAUUGCAAGUAGGUAAUCAAAAAAUAUUCCAUUCUUCUGUUCAAUCUCAUUUCUUCAUGUACUCUCUUUACUCUCCGUAGCCUCUUUGAGUCAUUUACUUUUCUCUCUUAUACAUCCCCUUCCUCCCUUUUUCCUCCUUUGGUUUGUCACGUUAUGAAUUCAUCGUUUUGUUUCAAACAAAAGGACAGAGCCGCAACAAAUCGUCCUCCUUUGGUUUGUCACGUUAUGAAUUUAAAAUUUUGUCUCAAAUAGAAGAACACAGCCGCAAUAAAUCGGCAUGAACAUAGACAUGCGAGGCAUGACAUUGAGCGCUCCUUCAAUUCUGACAGGUAUGCAAUUUGGGCUACCGCAGAGUUAGAAUAGUUGCUUCCUGCUUCCUUGCUUUGUUGCCCGCGGUUAGGACGAGCCCAUUUUCAUUUCUCUCUCUUCUCCAGUAUGUUUGUCUCUGUAAAGAAGUUAUCAUUCUAUUUUCUUCCUCCUUAUCUUUACCUCACUCCGCUUCCUCUUUUAUUUAGUUAAUUUUAAUGCGCGGCUCAAUUUGCACGAACUUAUCGGUUUCGAGGUGACACACUCCAUUAUGUGUGCCACUUCACGAAGUCAUUACAACAAUCGAAUGAGAUGAAAGUGAAUUUUAUCUAGCCUUUAAAAUUCCCAAAUCCUCAAAAUGGAACUGACGUUUAUUGUUUAACUUUGAUGUAAAGUCGGCCGUUCCUUAAAUAACAUGUAUUCUAAGCAUCUACUUGAGACAUGCUGGGUAAAUUUUAUCGAAUUUGACGUCACUCACCUAUACAUGUACAAAAUUCCUACGUCCUCCAAACUUUCCCAAUUUUUUUGCAUCCGUAAGUCUGUUUAAAAAUUAAUUGGCUCCAUUAUUUUCUAGAAGUACUGUAUUUAUUAAACUCUUAUAUUUUUUUAAAAUGUUGUUAAUUUUUCAAUGUGUUGAAUUUGUAAAUAGUAUGUGAAUAAUUCUUUUAGUGGGUAAGUUAAAACCGAAGCAUUUGUCAUCUCUGACUUCAUCGUUGUGUAUAAAAUAAAAUUGUUUAUUUUUGUAUAUCUAUGUAAUUUUAACGCAUUAUGUAUAUUGUACAUGGCAGUAUGUUUUUCCCUCAAAUUAAAUAUUUUAAACACCAAAAAAUCUUUAUUGGAAACUGUAUGCAACCUGUUCUACGAAUGUCAUGACCGACAAUGUAACUUUGUUGAAGGAAUAUUGGAAAAGAGAUUCCCAUAACACGUUUAUUGUGAAGGUACCAUGCUUUUGUGAGACGCAUUAAACGGUGCAUAACAGAAAACA